UCACUCAGCUCAACUUCAUCUUCUUUCAAUUUCACUGUUCAAUUAAAAAAGAAAAAUCCCAUUUAACCCUUCACCCUUUUUCUGGUCUGUAAAAUUGGUCUGAUCAUCUCUCUGGCGCCACUCCGACAGUAACUAUAUUCAGUAGUUUCAGAUUCCAACGGGUCUAAUCUAAUCUAAUCUAAAUCCAAGCCGUAAAAAAAUGGCGAAAUCCACGUUCUCUCUGCGUCACCACCAUUACUCUCAUCUCCAUUUGAGCUCUUCUUCUUACUUGAGCAAGCACAAACAACUUCACAGAACCCAAUCACUACUCUGUUUUCAGUCCAUGACACUAUUGAAUUCAUUCCAAAGCAACCCACCAGAGUGAGUAGCUUGGCCAAAUCAUGGGAAUCGAUUAUACCCUUUUCAAAUCUUGUAAAUUGCUGCUACCCCUUUGUGUUUUUUUUAAUCUCUUCUUUGUUUUCGCAUCUGGGUUUGGAUCAAUGGCGCCUAUUUCAGCUGCAUUUGGCUCUGAUGGAUUCUUCUGUGCCAUUGAUGCCAGUGGGAAACAGGAAGUUAUUUGUUGGGGCAAAAAUAGUUCGUCUCUUUCACCAUCUUCCUCUUCUUCUACCUCCAUCUUCUCCGUCGACAUUCCGGCAAUGGCUGCUCUCUCAGGCGGCGAGGGAUUUCUCUGCGGUAUUUUAGCUAACACUUCACACGCUUACUGUUGGGGUUCGAUAAAUCCAGGUACAGAUCUCGUCCCAUUGGUUUUUCGUACCACUGCUUAUUCUCAUAUUGCCGCGGGAAGAAGCCAUGUUUGUGCAAUUAGAGGAUCCUAUUAUUCUGAUAACGAUUCGGGUCCUGUGGAUUGUUGGGAUAUCUCAAGAGAUUUAAUGAAUAAUACUCUGAGCUCUAAACAGAGCUCUCUGUUCUAUAAUCAAUCAAUUGCCAGCCUUGUUUUCAAAAGGGUUGUUUCCGGCGAAGGAUUUAGUUGUGCCGAGCUUCGAGAUGGAGGAAUUCUUUGCUGGGGACCCAACUCCACCAAUCUCGACGUUUCAAAUGUUUCUGAAAAUUUCAUAGUUCUUGCCGCCGGAAAAGAUGCUCUUUGUGGAAUCUCAGAAGUCACUGGCGGAGUUAAAUGCUGGGGAAACGCCGAUUCAUUUGUCGGCCUUCCAACAACCGCUGGAUACGUGACGUUGACCGCCGGCGAACAGCAUUUCUGUGGCAUCCGAUGGGAUACUCACGAAGUGGACUGUUGGGGUAGCUUGAACUCAUCUUCAAUUCCUAAGAACACAGGAUUUAUGGCGAUUGCUUCAUCAGACCAUUCAAUCUGUGGCAUUAGAGAAGAUAAUCUGGUUCUUGAUUGUUGGUUUUCACAUUCUCUUGAAGCUCCUCCUGGUUAUGAUCCUCCUUUGGAGCUUUGUAGUCCAGGGCUUUGCGCUGCAGGCCCUUGCCGUGAAGGAGAAUUCUCUUUCAACGCCAGCAUUUUGAAUGAACCAGAUUUGAAGAGUUUGUGUGUGAGGAAAGAUCUGAACAUUUGUUUUCGUUGUGGAGUGAAUUGCUCUGAUGGGUUCUUCUUAUCAAGCCCUUGUACUUUGAAUUCUGAUAGGAUUUGUACUGCUUGUUCUCUUUGCCAGAACAGUUCUUGUUGGGAUAUCUGUGGAGUUCAAUCAUCUCCCGAAACCAAGCAGAAGCAUUGGCAUCAGUGGCGUAGUAUACUGGUAAUAGUUGGUGCUUCUGUUGCUGGAUUAGUACUGAUUCUACUAGGUUGGUGUCUUCAUCCUCGUGUUAUCGCUUCGAAGAAAGACGGGAGCAAUAAACAGCAUAAGUCUGAGUUAGAAACUGGUACUGAAACUGAUUCUUGUGCUCCAUUAGCUCCUCUUUGUCCUGGAAUUGCUCAGAUUUUUCGGCUUUCAGAGUUGAAAGAUGCCACAAACGGAUUCAAAGAGUUUAACGAGCUUGGCAGGGGGAGAUAUGGCUUUGUUUACAAGGCUGUGUUAGCUGAUGGGCAACAAGUUGCAGUGAAGAGAGCAAAUGCUGCUACCAUUAUUCACACCAACAGUAGGGACUUUGAAAUGGAGUUGGAUAUCCUUUGUAAGAUAAGGCAUUGUAAUAUUGUGAAUCUGUUAGGUUACUGUUCUGAGAUGGGAGAGAGGCUUCUUGUUUAUGAAUACAUGCCCCACGGCACACUCUACGAUCAUCUCCACGGCGGUCUUUCUCCAUUGAAUUGGACACUGAGACUGAAAAUAGCGAUGCAGGCGGCGAGGGGACUCGAGUACCUACACAAGGAACUUGUGCCUCCUGUUGUCCAUCAAAACGUCAAAACUUCAAACAUUCUUUUGGAUUCCCAUUGGGGAGCUAGGAUUGCAGAUUUCGGGCUUAUUACAUCGAACGAUGAUGACGUUAGCGGGGAUUUGACGAGCGAUGUUUAUGACUUUGGUAUUGUGCUGCUUGAGAUUAUCAGUGGAAGGAAAGCUUACGACAGAGAUUACACACCUUCAAGCAUAGUUGAAUGGGCAGUGCCUUCGAUCAAGCAAGGUAAGGCUGCUGCCAUAAUAGAUAGAUACACUGCUCUACCAAGAAACGUCGAGCCUCUACUUAAACUUGCUGAUAUAGCCGAACUGGCUGUACGAGGAAAUCCCAGCGAACGACCAACGAUCUCAGAUAUUGCAUCUUGGUUAGAGCAAAUUGUUAAAGAUGGAUUAAUCUUGUAAUAAUCGUACCCCAAGACGGGUGCUCGGCUUUGAAACAUACAUUUUGAUCGACGCAACGAAACGUAUUCUUUUACAGCUUAUGUGGGUGCUGCUCUCUUCAACUGUAAAUUAGUUAUUGAGCUUCAGCUUGUACAUGAACAUAUACUGUACACCAUUUCUUUCAAUAAAGGACUUUACAUUUUUAAGCCUCUUUA